AUGCCAAGUUCUACUCUGGCUGUUGUGUUCAAGUUUACAAACUUUGUUUGCCAAACCUACAACCAAUCCUGGUUUCAAUUUCAAGAAUGUCGCCUGAAGGCUGUAUCUAGAGACAAGGUAUUAUUGAAUAUGAAUGGAACCAUACUAUAUCCUGUGAAUAAGGCUCAGAUUCAGGGCAAGUUAUUCAAAAGGGAAAGUGGCUAUAAGCCAUGGCUUCUUGAUAUCCAAAUUGAUGCCUGUCGAUUUAUGCGAAAGAACUAUAACACAGCUGCCAAACUUAUUUUCAACAUUUUCAAAGAGUUCACCGAUAUUAACCACACUUGUCCUUACUUGGGUCCGGUGCAUCUUAGAGGAUUUUAUCUCCAACCUGAAUUAUUAAAACUUCCCUUUCCAUCUGGUCAAUACAUGAUAUCAUUGAGAUGGUUCUUUGAUCGCAAACUUCAAUUUGAUACCAAUAUCAGUUUUGUAUUUGUUGAGGAUUUGAAGAAUACAUAA